AUGAAAGGAAGAAAGGCCAACAACUUUGGGCCCAGUUUAUCGCGUCCGACCUUGCAGGUGAUGGGCGGCGACGCACUGGUCGAGGUGAUCGAGGGCAACCGUGUAACUGCUUCUUCUCAUUUUCCCACCAUCCGUCUAUCUCACGUCGGGGUGGGCUUGAGAUCGACUGGGGGGAGGUGGUACUACGAGGUGACCCUCCUGACCGGAGGCCUCAUGCAGUUGGGGUGGGCAGGACCACUCUUUCAGUGCAGUCCCGCCAGAGGCCAGGGUGUUGGAGACCACAUGCAUUCGUGGGCAUUUGAUGGGUUCCGCCAAAAGCGGUGGUGUGUGUCCUCAGCCCCGUACGGCAAGCGAUGGCGAGCGGGUGAUGUGGUUGGUGUGCUCUUGGACACCGGCCUUCAGGAAAUGCGUUUCAGCUUGAACGGACGCGAUCUUGGGGUGGCGUUCGCUGGGUUUGAAAUGGGCGGGCUGUACCCUGCAGCCUCAAUGAACGUGGGUCAGGGAGCCCACUUCAACUUCGGACACGCUCCAUUCUUGUUCCCUCCAAUACGCGACGGUGGUUCAUCGGUCCAGCCAGUCUCGGAAGCCUUGGCAGCCAACGAUGCAACACGCCCCAACUCGGCCAACAGUGAGAGGUCUUGUCAGCUUCCGGUACGAGGUAUCGAUGGUGAAGACGCCGAAAACACUGAUGACGGCGAUGAGCACCAUUGUGAGGUCUCCUUGGAAAGAGUUCGAGGUUCAAUUGUAGCAGUUGGAACCAGCGAUGGCCGGGCUUUUUCCACCAGUGGCGAAGACGGGCAAGAACGGGAGGGCGAGGACGUUUCCCAACCACAGAUCGAGAGGCAGGCAUUGGUGGAAAAUUUGGUCGCGAUGGGUUUCCCACUCGAGUGGGCGAUCAGAGCGGCGGGAAAACCUGGGGAGAGUGACGAUGGAGAUGCAGACGCCGGCGGCUUUGCGUUUGCAUCAGAUGCCGCGGAAGUAGAGCGGCAGGCGCACGCAAACGCAGUUCGAAACAACGAAGAAUCUAGUGAUCGUCGGUGGCACGGUAUGUACAGUGCGGUUAGGAGAGGCUUCCUUGCUCGCAAUAUCGGUGCGUCCCCAGCAACUGCAAUUUUUCAACCUAGUUCAUAUGGACCAGGCGCAAGUGUCACGCCGGGCACGGUGACGGAAGCCGGGCGGACUGGAAGCAAAUCGACCUCAUCUCCAACGGCGCCUCCAUUUCUUGCGCAAGACGGUCAAGUGAUGGUCGACGGGCUUCGAAGUACAUCUUACGGAAUAAAACGAGUGGCCAUGAUAACGGACGAACGUGAUCUCCCAUCCCUUAGCCGUGUUCUCGAAACGGCCCUGUCCAUCCUCCUCGCUCGUGCAGCAGUUGUCAACUUGUUUUCGCAUAUAACGGCAGCAACUGGCACGUGGAUACCCCGGUGCCACUCGUACGUCCUAGCUGCCAGAUUUCCAUCGUUGCUUUGGGCGAACGGGCCUGGAGACCUGGUCAGUAUUCGACAGGGGAUGGCCAGCCCGUCGCCUGUUCGCGACUCCUGGAGGGGCGGGGGGGGGGGCGCAGGGGGGGCACUUGAGGUAGUGGACGGAAUACUUCAGAUGCUGGCAGUUGAGGAAAGCCAGCGGAGCAUUGUGGAUAUCACGAAAGUGUUUGCGACGUGGUAUGUACCAUCACGAUCGAAGCAAACGGGGGAUGUACUGUCGAUAGAUAAAUCAGCAGCAGCUGAAAAAGGCACUACCGGCGUCACUGGGCGUAACCGAUCCACAGAGGACUGUUCACCUGGCGUUUGUUUCAAGUUGGCAAAUGUUACCGAAAACAUUGGGCAACUUCCAGGGUCCUACUUCGUGUCGAUGCGGUCUCUGAUCGAGCUUCUUGUUGCUUCGGUUAAACCUCGGGAUGAAUGGACAGCUUGGACGUCGGCAAAGCGGUUGUCGGAGAAGUGGACCAAGGAUCACCCAACACCUUCAAUUUUACGAAGUUCCGACGUUGCCAGAGCCGCAAGAAUGCCUUCCUUGAUUCGUCUUUUGACACUCUUCAUUAACGAAGCAAAUUCGGCAUUUGAAACCGGCCCGGUCCUCAAAAACGUCGGGUCCACGAGCGCCGACAAACUAAACACCGAAGAGCAAAACGCGGAACGGGUUCGGAACACAAGCGUAAGUGAACUGCUUGCUUUUCGUUCCAACUGUUCUUGGGCAUUAUGGAUUCUGGAUACGAUGCUGAAGUUGGAGAGUGCGGAAAGCACAAUGGACGGUCCCUCUUCUGCACCUCGUGAUGGAAGAGGCCCUUCGAGUGAGCCUAUCAGGACGACAAGUGCGGAAAACGGAAACACCAGCGACGACGGAAACUUGUUGCUGCCGGAGGUGCCCUCGGCACGGUCACCUCAGGCUUUCGGGGCUGUCCUUCGCACGGCCAACAGUAACAACCUGGACGAGUCUCUGCAAACUCUGGCGUACACGCUCUGCUCUAACAUGCUCACCCUUUCUCGGCCGGCAAAGCGGAUAUUCCCCGGCAGCAUGGGGUCUUACAACGCCUCCCAUGAAACGACGGAGACGUGUUUGGACUCGCCCGAGGGAGACGGAUAUACACUACCACCGCAAGAGCUCGCGCUGGCUCGAGCGUUCUCAGCACGCCUUCGGAGCCAAAUCAGUGCGCCAGGUCCGUCGUCGUCUCUGCUUCAGAGUCAGCUAGAGCUGCUUGCUCAGUGGGAACUUCGUCGAUCGAUCGUCAACGGUAAAAAUCGGCCGCGAGAAGAAGGGUGGGAUCUGGGGAUAACGAAGGUUGGUGCCGAUAAGCCGCCAUCUCCUGGGGAUUGGGUUCACACCGGUCAAAAUGGCGCCGACACCUGGGACAUCGCCACGGGGUUGUUUGCCGGGGCCGAAGGGGGGGGUGAUGGCUUUGAGAUAGCUCUGGACACAAACUCUCGGGCGGCAGGGAGAGGAAAGAGAGUGGGGACAGCGGAGAGUGAGACGUCCUUGCCAUCAGGCUUGCACACUCCGCCCUUUUCGGGGGGGCUCACCCCUGCUCAUCAAAACUCGGUUCUCGUCGAGGCCGUGUCAGCAACAUCUGUAACGGUGAGCUGGGGAGAUUGGUCUGAGAACGGUGGCGAGCCAGAGCUACAGGUUUGGGUCGGUGGCGACGGAGUGGCCCUUCCAGUGGCGUUUGGUAAGGCGCCCAGGGCUUCCAACCUGGCACAAGCACUUCGCUCUAAGCUCAAGCGCGCCACUAACCGACGAAGAGAUGAAGGUCCAAGCAUGGUUCUCCUGGUGAGUGCUUCCGGAUUGUGGGGUUCGGAGCCAUUUCAUGUGGCCGCCCUUGACCUCGACGGUCGGGGGUGCCUCAAAGUUCACGGCCUCGCGGCCGACACGCGUUACUCCUUCCGACUAGAGCGCCGCAAGACAUGCCCCUCAAGGGCAUCUCCAUCGGUGGCUGCAGACUUAUCCGACGAUGAGCGCUCAUGCUUCCCAGCGGCAGCCACCGUCGGUGCAAAUUCUACCGGUACCGGGGGAUCGAGUUCUGAUCCACUGGGAGCUGAUGUUGCGGACGGUGCAAGCGCUCUGACGGGCAUAGAUGGCAGCCAUGGUGGAGGCGGGGGUGGAACUUCGACGUGCUCCGAGGGAUGCACUACCGUAUUCACCGACGAAAGUCGUUGUUGCACGUCCUCUACGCGGGCAGUGGCAGGGAUAAAUCGCAGCCCGUCUGCCGGGGGCAGAUACGUGAACAAGCAUGGUGUGGACGGAGAUGAGUUCAAGUGGCCAUCAGCGGGUGAUCGGGGCAGGUUUUGUAGCACAUCGGAGGAGUUUGUGCUGGGAAGAGCGAAUGGGGUCAUCGUGGCUGCCGUGAACGUAGCAACCCUGCCAGAGGUCCCGUUCAUGCUCGAUGUGGAUGGCUGCGGGCCGAAUCUUCGGUUGACUAACUCCAACCUUACUGUGACUAACACGGGCCAUAAGAAAUGGAGCGCGGUUCGAGCAACUCGGGGAUUCACGUGCGGGUCGCACCGCUGGAAAGUUCGUAUCGACAGGCAGGUUCGGUCGUAUGGCGACCUCUUCCGGGAAGGAGAUACUAUCGAGACAAUACUGAAUAUGGACUUGGGCACCCUCCGAUUCGCCCGCAACGGCCGUGACCUCGGUAUGGCAGUGCAGGGUCUCGAGGACACGCUGUUCCCGGCGUUUUCGAUGUACAACAGGAACGACCAACUAACCUUCAUACCUUCGGAAGAACACGCCUCACCACCUCCUGUCCCUUUUCCUGGGAGUGCUGCCGGCGAUAAGAACGGAGGAGGCCCUACCCGCGUUGGGGGCGGAAUGGACGUUCCAUGCACCUACUCCAAUGUGCUAUAUGGAACGUUUUCGGCGGAAUGCGUUGUUCGGAGAGCGGCAAAGGCCCUUCAGGUUCUCGAAACCAUGGACUACCAAGGAAAAUUAGCUACCAGCUCGGCCAGGGCCGAUUUGAUGGACGACAUCCGGUCGCGCCUGCUCCGGUGGUCACGGGGGGAGCAUGGAAGGUCCGUAGCGUCCGUGCGGCCGUGGGCGCCGGUACGCUUAGAUACCUCCGAGCAAGCUCGCCGAGAUUUGUUCGGUCUCGGAGUAGGAGACCGCGUCCUGUCGGCGGAAUGGGAGGCCACCGUUUUAGGGGCAACACGCCACGCUCUUUGGGUUACGGUAGAGGCGACUUCAUCGGCCUCUGCAUGCCCUCCUGGUUUGAGUAGGGGGUCCCGAGUGUGGGGUUCGGAACUGCCUGAAAACCGACAUGGAGAUGCCGCGAGUGGCUUCCCCGGCAACAACACACAAGCCGCAACAUCGGCGAACGUGUGGAGCCCCUCACACCAACGCUUUGUUGGGAAAAGCGGGAGCAAGAUUACAGCCUGGUCUCGCUGCACCGUGCGUCAGAUCGCUAGUCGUCCCGAGGACUACGUCAUCAGCCAUCACACGACGCCAACAGACUCGGUCGAACGCCUGGGCACGACCACUAAAGUCGAUGAUGACCGUGACAGAACAGGCCAACACCAGACGGCCGGUGAGGUCGCUUUGGUCGAUGACUUUCUCCUCACAGAUGGAGCCCGAAAUGUACUGUCGAGGUGGACGCCCAAAAUGGACGAGGAACUUGGUCGCCAUCUCACCAAGUUGGCCGACACGAUGGGAGUUGUGACUCCGCUGGACCUGCCCUUCAACGUCCUUGGAAAGCUACCGUCAUCGACAAAAAUGUUUCCUGGCACGGAUCCAGUGGCCCCCGCUGAAAUUUGGGCGCGAACGGCCCUCUUGCUGUACGUAAACGACCUGGUUUUGCCUCUCCUGCCGCUCAUAAGCACUACGCAAGGUGGUCGUGGGCCACUUGGUACGUUGAUACACAAGUUCAGGCACCUCAUUUUCAAAACGACCAAGCUGGAACUUCUGGACAACCAUAUGUCACGUGUCUCAAGCGCAGUUCGGCCAAUUCCAACGGCAUCAUCGGAGUUUGAAUUGGGAAAUGGCCCGCCGGCGUUCACAAUACCGUUAAUCGGUGUCAAGUCCCUGCCGAGAUUCCCGGCCAAGCGUUUGAACGUAGCUAAGCCCUGCCCGCUAUCUUGGGGCCAAACGAGAAGGGAAGUGGAGAAAUCCGUCUUCGGUCAGGUCGCCAGACACCUCUCACACAGGGGCAAGCACGUGCUGUCGGAGGGACCGCUGGCAUUUUCAGUCGAGCUAAUCGACGCUUCCAAGUUGGGGGAUGGCGAAAGUGGCAACCGCGAUUGUCUUCAGAUGUCGGAUGCACAGGCACUGUACCGAGGCGUGUUCUGGCAGGUGUGCGAAGACGUGUGCUCGUCGCCGAUAUCGAUGUUCGUGCGCACUCCUUCAUCACCCGCGGACGAAGCAUCUUUGGGUGCUUCUGACCCCACUGCGGCAGCCAACAACGAUAACAACGUCGACGGCGUCGCUUUUGCUGCAAACACCCCACCUAGGGACCAUGUUCGCGACACGGUACCAAAUCCAUAUUUCACGUCUCGAGGUCUGUCACCGGUGUGCAUGGACCCCGAAAGGGUUUCGCUCUACCGAUCUUUUGGUUUCAUCGUAGGAGUUGCCGUUCGGACAGGGGUGCCGUUGCCUUUAUCACACCUCUCCUCACAGUGGUGGAUGCUCGUUUCAAACGGCGAAUGUCCCUCGGCGGUCCCCGAAAAUGAACCGGGAGUGACCAGGACGCUUGCAGAUUCUGCGAGGACGGUAUUGUGUUCGAACGCCACAAAAGAAGCACCGCCAAAAUACACAAUAGACGGGGUAAUUUCGGCCCUCAGUCACCUUGAGGAAGCGGGCUUGAAGCAAGAAGAAAUGGACGAAGUGCUCGCGGAUGCAAGAUUCGUUGCUCCGCUGUCGAGCGGGGAUUCCACGGAACUCGUUCGCGGAGGUGAGGACUGGCGGCAAGGGUUGGUUAAAUAG